GUGCGGCGUUCUUCACUACCGGCUGCGUUGCGUCUCGCGCACCCGUCUCCCUCGCGCGGCGACUCGGACCUGGCCGCGAUGGCGCCGCUGCCGCUGCUGUGCUUCCUUCUACUGUUCAAGCUAGGCGGCGUGGUCUGAAGUGGAAAGGGACGGUCCACGAGAAAUAUGUGGCCUUGUUGACUACUACCGAAAGAGGUCAAACAUUUAUUGGUGACAAACAUGCAUGGGGGUUAUUACUCUUCAAGGUGGUAAG